CAAGUCGUCGUUUGAGCCUUUGCAAGCGAGAGCGCCUUCGACCGCUUCCGGUUUCCUCAACGUUGGAAAUGAAUCGAUGAAAACUUAAUUUUCACACUCACACGCACGCUUGCGUCCUUACUAAAAGAUAAAAUAAAUAAAUCUUAUGCGUGCAGUUCCACACCGAAGAAUCGUUCACCGUCCGUCGCCGUAGUGAAGCUGCUUUAAAGGUUUGCAAGCAUGUCAGCCGGCGACGAAGCGGACAAAACGGCCACCACCGAUGCUAGCGCUGGUGACGAGGAGGAGGAAUGGCUGUACGGAGAUGAAACGGAGAGCAAAGAAGAGGAAGAAGCAGUCAAACCGACUGGUGCUGACAGUGCUCCCGCUGAGGCCCCGACUGAGGAAGGUGGUGAACACGCCACAGGAAACGGCGUGGCGUCCGAGUCACAGGCCACCGAGGACGCUAUGGGCGACGAUGCAGAAAGCGACAGUGACAGCGAUGACGACGACGACGACGUCCGCGUCACCAUUGGAGACAUUAAAACCGGCGCCCCGCAAUACACACCGUACGGUGCGCCACCCGUCAAUCUCAACAUUAAAACACCUGGCUCCAGACCUUACGGACAAGUUCCCACGAAGGUGAAAGGGGUCGAUCUCGAUGCUCCUGGUAACAUAAAUGGCGUCCCUGUGCUGGAAGUGGAUAUGGAGUCAUUUGAGGAGAAGCCCUGGAGGAAACCGGGGGCGGAUUUGUCCGACUACUUCAACUACGGCUUUAACGAAGACACAUGGAAGGCUUACUGUGAAAAACAGAAGCGACUGCGCAUGGGCCUGGAAGUGUCCGCCGUAGGCUCGGCGACGAGUAAAAUCACCGUCCAACAGGGGCGGACAGGCAACGACAAAGAGAUCCCCAGCCUGGCAGUUCACACUUCCAAAUCCGACUUCACCUCCCCGGUCAGCCUGUACAAGUCUUCCAGCAGUCAGGUCGCCAGGAUCUCCACCCCUCAGUGGACUGGCCUGCCAAUCCCGGAUAUGUCCUAUUAUACGAAGACGAGCGGUACCAUCGAUGUGAUCGGCGGAGGGACCGCCACCAUCAGCAGGGUGGAAGGGCGACGCCGGCACAACCUCGAGGGCAAUAACAUCCAGGUCAUCUCUGAACGUUCCACAUCAGACGGCGAUUCCGCCCCCGCGAAGAUGCCCGCCUUCUUUCCCCCUGGACCGCUGCCUCCGAACGUGCCCCCGCCCCCUUUCCUCCCGCCUCCGCCCAACGUCAGCUCGGCUCCCCCGCUCAUCCCGCCGCCCCGGUUGCCCAUCACCGUCCCCCCGCCUGGGUUUCCUCCUCUGCCUAGCGGUCCCCCGCCUUCAAUCAUUCCCACGAUGGACAGCCACGGUGGAGGUUACGACGGACGCUCUAUCCCCCCGUACCCCUUCCCUCAAGGGGCCUACCCUCCCCCCAUGUCCGGAGGCGUGCCUGCAUCCUGGCCCCCGAUGAUGGACAACGCCAAACCGUGGGACUACUAUUCCCGUCGGGACGACAAGCGAGACAAGGAGCGAGAGCGUCCCCGAGAGAGGACGCACGAGCGUGAGCGCGAGAGGGAGCGAGAUCGGGAGCGGGAGCGAGAGCGAGAUCACAGCCCCUCGGUCAUCGGAUACACCAGCGAGGAGGAGCGUUAUCGCUAUCGCGAGUACCAGGAACGCGGUUAUGCGGACCGCCAUCGCGAGCGAGCGAGCCGCGAGAAGGAGGACCGACACCGGGAGAGGCGGCAUCGGGAGAAAGACGAGGGGCGCCACAAGUCGUCUCGCAGCAGCAGCAGCAGGAGGCGGCACGACAGCGAGGAGGCCGACAGCCACCGAAGGCACAAGCACAAGAAAAACAAGCGGAACAAGGAGGGCAAAGAGGCCAGCGAGGACAUCGGCGCAGACCAAGAGAACCAGGAGGCCAUGGAGUGAGCGCCACCUCCUCUCUCUCUCUCUCUCUCACCCCUUCCUUCGUUCCGUCUGUCCGUCCGUUUGUCCAACCCGCUAAAGACGAGAGAGAGAAAAAUGGAAGCCACGGUGACGGACGCGCCCUGUCACUUUUCUCGACGUCAAUCUCCGCUCGCCGCUCGGCGCUGUUUUCGUGCCUCGCCGUCGCUUCUUUGGUUGCGGCGGAGGAGGCGGGGAAGGAGCAGCCAUUUUGUAUCUCUCCGCCGCCGGAUGACCUCAUUGCCCCUCGUCCUCCCGACGCGGUCCUUCUUUCCUUUCUCCUUUGUCCGUCACAGUGAUUCAUGUUGUGUUCGGGGACAGCCAUUAUUUCCAGAGUUUGUCAACUUCGAUUAAAAACACGUUUUGAUAACUUGUCUUCUUGGAUUAAUUGUAAAUUGUCUUAGCACUUACAAGUCUCAGGGUAGAAAGCUUAAAAUCUCACUUUUUUGUACAUGAAUAGAAUUUUCCAAGUAAGUAGUUUCAGCGUUGCAAAAUUCUUUUAAUCCAUAUAAAUGCUAAAAAUUGAUGUUUCACUGAAUGAAGAAGUGUAAGUGAAAAG